AUGUGCGGGGAAACUGGACAGCAUGUCGAGAAGUGGUUAAGUGCUUAUCACGGCUGCGCCGUUCCACAAUGGAUCAAAGGGGAGCUCCACCGUGUCGGGCAUCGCAGCGGGGACGCGGCGGAUAGUACGGCUGGCCCGCGGCGCCCCCCAGCCGGCUCGUGGCGCGCUCUGCGCCCGCCACCUUACUCGCGCAUCACGCCGCGCUCGCGCUCGUGCCCGCUGCACGCGCCGCUCGAG